AUGGGUUACUAUUCGUACAUUCCUUUGCGCCAGCCAUGGGAAGGUCACCAUGAGAUACGCGUGCUUACACUUCGCCAGGGCCUGCUCGAAGACGACAUUCGGGUGAAGCUCUCAACGCAUACGGUUCAAGACAGUGUCAUGAGUGGCCGAUCGAAUGCACAGAGUGCCACAGUACAGUGGGAAGCUCUAUCAUACACCUGGGGUGAUAUGCAGAAAUCACACACAAUCACUUUGGAACAGGCCGACUCCAGUCUGGCAUGUUUCGAACUCGGCAGCAACCUAUAUGCUGCUCUACGACACCUUCGCUAUCCCGGAUCAGAUCGCCAACUGUGGAUUGAUGCUAUCUGCAUGGACCAGUCCGCAACAGAGCAGGCCGAGGCAGAGCGCAAUUGGCAGAUACCUGCCAUGCUGGAGAUCUACAGUAUGGCUGCGAAGGUCAUCAUCUGGCUCGGCGAAGAAGAGAACGACAGCGCGUUCGCGAUGCAGUUUCUUCAGCAAUUGGGCGAGGGCUUCGACUUCAACUGGAGUACGUACGAGAUGACUGGUAACGAUAAACUCCAACCAGGUGUCGUGAAGUUUCUGCACAACUAUGAGCAGUACUUCGCUCACGGCAUGCGCCAGUACGAAGCGGUAUGCGCACUGCUUGAGCGGGAAUGGUUCACCCGGGUCUGGACCAGGCAAGAGGCUUUCGCAUCCAACGACGACAGUGUCAUAGCAUGUGGAACGCUAUCGAUGCCACUCCACGACUUCCGGAAUGCAAUGCAGAUCCUGGGCGAACGAGGGCUGGACGUCAGAGACGCUAAACAUGACCUGCAUAGCACACGAUUGGGCCUUGCAAUAACAAUCCUGGACAAAGCCACUGCCCCUAUCCUUGAGACCAUCGACCGAGUUCGUGGCAGUAACUGCAAAUUCGACGUCGACAAAGUGUAUGGAAGCCUUGGCAUGAUCAAGAUGACGGCCGGACCUGAAUUCGCUGCAAGUAUAACGUUGGGGCACAAGAAUCCAAUGUCGUUGUACAGUGAAUUCUUCAGGAAGUACACUAUGCGCUACAACCGGCUUAAUUUGCUCGACGCCGCAGGUCUGUAUCAGCGCUCAGCUAUGAACGGUCCAUCAUGGAUGCCUGACUGGACUACGCGGUCGAAUCGACUCCUUCCGACGAGCUCUGAGACUGCAGUGUCUCAUGCCAUGGUAUCAGGUGCAACAUUCGAAGAUGAUGAUGUACUUCGGGUUCAUGGCGUUGUAGCAGACAAGAUCGUCGAAGUUCAAACCCUCGACCGACCUGGAGAUGUUUCCGAUAAGCACUGGCCAGCGGCCUACGCUGCACUAGCGAGAUUCAUGGACUCAUAUCUACAGUCUAUGAAUCCAGCACAAUUUGAAGACUUCAUGCGUGCUUUUUUGUAUCCACUGAAAGGGCAUCGCAUCCCAAUAGAUGACGUCAUACAACGAAGGCCGGACUAUGAAGUUCUCGUAAGAGCAGUCUGGGCAGGCCAAGACCCAAAAUCUCUGGCCUCAAAUGAUAACGCGCAAUCCUUCGCGCACUUUCAGAUAUGCCUGAGAUAUCACGAGGUGGCACAGUUGCCGUUCAUGUUCACUGAACAAGGCCACAUUGGCAUUGGCAGCACAGGAACCCGACAAGGAGACCUGGUAGCAGCGGUCCUUGGCAGUCAGAGCCCGCUCGUGCUUAGACCAUAUUCCUUGACAGCACAGCCCGAGCGAUACCAGCUGAUCGGCACGUGCUCGAUAUACAGCCUCAGCACCGGCGAAGUGCUUCUAGGCCCUCUUCCGAAGGGUACAACACUCAUCUCUCGGCUUGAUCCAGCUGUGGGCGUGUAUCAACGACACUUCCACGACGCAGUCUCUGGGACAACGACUUUCUGGGAUCCUAGGAUAGACUGGGAGUCACUCGAGAAGAUGGACGGUAAUGCAGGUUCGUGGAAGCUCAAGUCGCCGAUGGGAGAAGCCGAUCGAAAUGCCCCGACUGCUGAGUACUUGCUGGAGCGAGGUGUUCCUAUUAGAAGUUUUGAUCUGGUGUGA